UCGAGCCCAGGCGCAAACAUCAUUAAAGUUGUCAGGAGCGCGGCCAACCUGAUUUCUCCAGCAAUUGGUUUGCCCUCAACUAGAUCUUGCCAUUUAAUUCAUCACCUCCUCCUCCACGCUGAAACCCUCUCAUAUCCCAUCAUUUCAAUCUCAGUUCACCCUCCUGGCGACAAUUAAUUCCACGACUCAACAUCAAACAAUCAAACAAGUGACAAUAAUUCCUGCAUCUUUCGAAGAGCUCUCCAUCUCCAACAUGGCUCGUGGAGACUCGACACCGCCCGAAUCGCCAUUGUCAUCAAUGGAUAACAGCGAUGCCUCCGAUGAGGAGGUUCACGACUAUGAGGACGAGUCGCUGCUCCGCCCUUCGAAGCGACAGAAGCUGGGAGCUGCCUCGACAACAUCUCCCGCAGUCGUCGCCGAACCUGAACCUGACGCUGUUCCCGAGCCGGACCCGUUGGACGGCAUGUCGGACGUCUCAUCAGACACCUCCGGCGACAUUCCCAGUUCGCCAAUCAACGCCAAGCUCGAUGAAGAGGACUUCCAGGAGCAGGUCACGGCGUGUGCCUGGGAGGGCUGCGACGCGGGUGACUUUGGCAAUAUGGAUAAGUUGGUGGACCACAUUCACAGCGAUCACAUCGAGAGCCGACAGAAAAAGUACACAUGCGAAUGGAUUGGAUGCAAUAGGAAGAGCAUGGGCCAUGCCAGCGGUUACGCUCUGAAAGCCCACAUGCGUAGCCACACUAGGGAGAAGCCUUUCUACUGCUAUCUACCAGAAUGUGAUCGCUCAUUUACAAGAUCCGAUGCGUUGGCAAAGCACAUGCGCACCGUCCACGAGACGGAAGCCCUGCGCCCUUCCGAUCCUGUUCCUAAGUCCAUGCAGGCUGGUCCUACGGGCAAGGGCAAACUGAAGAUCAUCAUCAAGACCCCUCAAUCACAUGCUGCAGGACAAGAUGACGCCAUCGACGAUGGUGCGGACGACGACGAGCUCUCGGCUGACCUUUUCACGCCCCUGACGGAGGCACAAGGCUUCACCGCCGAGGAACUCAAAUUGCCUCUCGAGAAGCUCUACAAACUUUGCAGGUUCCAAGUUAAAUGGGCCCAGGAUGAAUCAGCCAAGCUGUCGGAAGAAGUGAAACACUGGGAGAAGCAAUACAAGGACCUCUGGCGCGAGAAGGAAGUUCUCUUCUCCCAGGUUGUGAAGAGCGAGGUCGACUGGCACGAACGCCGGCAGGCAGUGCUCUCUGGCGCAGCAGACGUUCAACUCUCGGGUGUGCUUGAAAGCCAAGAGGGCAACUCUGGUGCGACAAACGGCGAUAGCUCGAACUCUCGACAAGAUUCGAAUCCGAAUGAUACACUGGCCAACGGGACCGGCUCAACGGAGAUUACGGCAGCCGGCUAGCAUCAGUCGCCGCCACCCGAGACCUUGGGGAGAUACACCAACAGUGUAGACUGGAACAGUAACCCUCUUGAGAUCAAGGGAUGGUUGGGCAUGGAUAAAUCUUAAGGUCCUUGUGUCAACAUAUGACUGGGAUUAUUCUAGCCAUUGCCUCACCCUAACGCAUGAGCAAACCUGUCCGGAUUUUCCUGUACUCUCGAUGACCGAAGAGAAUACGCUGCAGACAACGGAUGUCUCUUAAGGUCAAAGCAACGCAUGCCAACACGCGGAAGUGACAGCAACACCAGAUCCCCCCUUACAAUGAUUUAUCGACAGUGCGGAAGAGGAGACGAGUUCGGACUCCUGCGCCUCAAGACAGCAUGCUUUGGAGUUUAUCGGGGAAGAGUGAUCACGAUUUUUGAGCAUCAACGUCACGGGAGGUUUCGGCAGGGAGUAGAUGGACCUCAUGGUCUGUCUGCGUACGCUGAAGGGCGCUAGAGCGAGUCUGGCAAGCUGGAAAAGGCGCAUGGCGUAUCAUAAACUAAAUAGGAGAAUAGUCCAUCGUUGAUUUUAAUUUGAUGAGGAGCGACACUGUCGCAAUUUGACGUCUUAAUCUC